AGAGGAGGAGCUUAGAGGUAGAGCCAAGGUUCAUAUUUAAAAGCCAGCAAGUGCAGGGAGAGAGGAGCAGGAGAAAAAGGCAGUGUGGGGAAGCGGAGGAAGCAAGGAGAAAGGAGCAGCUGUAAGGGCAAGAAAGUGAGAGAGGAGAAGAGAAAAGGCAAAAGGAGGCAGCAACAGUCUUGGGUCAAAAGAGGAGAAACAAGGAGUAGACAGGCUACAAAAUGGCAUUGCUCCUGUGGCUGGGGUCCCAGCUGUCAUCCAUCUGGAGCAACAUCUCUAUACUGGGAGUCUUUCUUACAGUGUUUACUUUACUGCUUGACUUCAUGAAGCGCAGAAAGAAGUGGAGCCGUUACCCGCCGGGCCCAGCCUCGCUGCCAUUCAUCGGGACCAUGUUCUCCAUUGACUUCCACAACCCUCACCGCUCCUUCGGCCAGCUUCAGAAGAAGUUUGGAAACAUCUUCAGUCUCCAGAACUGCUGGACCAACGUGGUAGUGCUGAAUGGGUAUAAAACAGUGAAGGAAGCCCUGGUCCACAAAUCAGAGGACUUUGCUGACCGGCCGCACUUUCCAAUAUACGAACAUAUGGGCUAUGGAAAGAAUUGUGAAGGGAUUGUUGUAGCAAGAUACGGGCACGUCUGGAAGGAGCUAAGGAGAUUUGCACUCUCUACGCUGAGGAACUUUGGGAUGGGAAAGAAAUCCCUGGAGGAGCGAGUGGUAGAGGAAGCUGGAUUUCUUUGUUCUGAAAUCAAGUCUGAAGAAGGUUUGUGACAUCCACAAGGAUGGGGAAAUCACAGAAAAAGGCCAUACAGUGAUGCAGAGAGAAGUAAUGCUACAGCCACUGCUGUUUGCAUGCAGGCCUCUCUUCCCAUGCAAAUGCAGUAUUCCUAGUCUAUGUGCCCUCCUUGGAGCCUCUUCUGCUUUACACAGUGGGCCUACUAUAACACUAAUCCAUUUGAAUCAGUAAACAAAUAGGAAAUUAGAAAUAGAGAGGUAAAACAGAGUUAUUCCCAG